CCGCCGACAUGUCAGUCCGCUCCGCGGCAUCGCGUUAUGUGUUGGUGUGUUGCGUUUCUCCGAGCUCCACCGGCGAGUGUCCGACCUCUGUAACCGACCGUUUAUGACAUUCGACAACCCCGCCCUGUGCAUUUUUCCGAGUUGCAUUUCGAUCAGUGCGAGCCGCGAGGAGUCCGCAGUCCGUGAUCGAGCCGGACCCGGCGACGGCAUUUCGACCGACGUUUAUUUAUGUUGUCGUUUUGGUGUGGUGAAUAUUUGUGUUGUUCGGACGAUAACCGUUUUAUCUGUGCAAUCGAGUCGAGUGGAUAUUUUUAACGAUCGACUGCUCUGUCCCGAAGAUUGAAACGUGUGUCGGGGUUGCGCGUGCGCAGCGGAUGCGGCGCGGGCGCGUGCAUGCCAUGCGCUGUUAAACGCCACGAUGGUGGGCCUGGGCGUCGCGGAGGGGGGCGGAGGGGGCAGCGGCGGCCCCGCAGAUGGUUACUACGGGGAGUACUACCCCCCAGAGCAAUACUACGUGCCCCCGGACAUGUGUCCACACCCACAACAGCACCCACAGCACGCGCACAUGUGCACGGUGCUCUCUGAAUACGGUGGCAUGCCCGUAGUAACGUCGGGCACGAUGAUGCCACCGAUGAUGCCGCCGGUGAUGGACGAGAGCAUGCGGCACUACCUGGUGCACCAGCACGCGCAGCCGCACCCGCACCACGCGCCGCAUCACCAGCCGCCGCACCACCAGCCGCCUCACCACCAACCGCCGCCACAUCACCAACCACCUCAUCAUUACGGUCCGACAAACGGCGCUGGGGGCCCACAGCAUUUCUACAGCGCGGGCUAUACGCACACAACUCAUUUCCAUCACGUUCCACCUCACCACAUGCAGCACUCGCCUCCGCCGCCGGUGUACCAGAAGGAUGAGCGGACUCAACGACAGUACACAAAGUUAAAGCAAAAGUUAGAACGAAAAAACAAUAACAGGAAUAAUGGAGUAGAAGUGAACUCCGGCGCAAGUACGCCGUCGCUGUCGCCACGUAAGGAGGUGAACGGUCGCGGUGGCAGCGGAGGCAGCGGCGGCGCGUCCUCGGGCGCCUGGUCUGAGGGCGAGAGCUCUUCCGCCGGCGCUUCCGUGCACGGCGACGAUGACGACACCCAGGCUGUGCUUGAUCUGCUGUCUGCCAGGCGCACGCCACAGGUCAGCGACAUGACUCCUACCAGUGCACUAGUACAAUGGAAUUCUCCUCUCCCCGAGGGUGUGACACUUCCAAAUGUCGAGUUGACUUAUGAUCUAUUGCUUGGUGAUCGUGGCCGGUACAAAGCCAUAUAUAGCGGGCCCUCGCUUUCGUGUCGAGUAAGGGACCUGCGGCCCGGAUGCGAGUACUCGGUGUGCCUGCAGAUCCGCGCGGGAAGCCUCACGGGCGCCGCGAGCGAGGCCGUCACUUUUCGCGCGCCUGCCGCCCGUCCUGAUCGCGCGCACGCGCCGCGGGUCACGCAGCGCCUGCGCACCUCUCUGCUGCUGCGCUGGCUCGCCGUCACCGAGAACGGCGCGCGUCUGUUGCAUUACAUCCUCGAGGCAGACUCGGGCGAGGGCUUUGUAGAGGUUGCGCGCCCGCGCACGCGUCAGCACACCGUCGCCAACCUCCGUCCGCAGACGCGAUAUAGUUUUCGCAUUGCCGGCGUCAAUGAAUGCGGCGUAGGAGACUGGAGCGAGGAGACGGUCGUGUGGACGGCGGGCCCUCCCCCGCCCGCGCCCGCACCUCCCGUGCUUCAUUCCGCUGCCGCCGAUUCACUUGCGCUCGGAUGGGAGCGUCGUGCUGAUGAGGAGUUCACGUUGCAAAUGGACGAUGUCGCGCGAGGUCAUGGCUUUCUGCCUGUCUACACGGGAUCUGAUUGUGCCCAUGUCUGCACUGGUCUUAGGCGAGCUUCCGAUUACCGAUUCCGUCUCCGUUGCGAAAAUUCUGAUGGACAAGGCCCGUGGUCAGGUGAGGUGACGUAUCGAACUCAGUCUGAACGGCCAGCCGCACCUGGUCGACCCACUCCGCGGGGCAAGAUACAUUCGCGCGCUUUUCGCCUGCGUUGGGAGCCGCCAGUCGAUGACGGUGGAGCUGUAAUCGAACGUUACACACUCGAGCUCGACGGCGGUGAAGGUUACCGAGCGGCAUACCGUGGCCCUGAACGCGAGGCACACUGCGACCGCCUGCAGCCUGGCGUCACGUACCGCGCCCGCGUGCGUUGCGCUAACGCAUCUGGCGAGAGCGACUGGUCGCCUACUGAAACAGUCACUACCGAAGCGAGUUGUCCAGGCGCAUGUGAAACACCUGAACCAGCAGGCGAACCGCGUGCCACUCUUUUCGCCGUACGGUGGCGUGCACCGACGUGCUGCGGUGGCGCACCGCUCACUGAGUACCGCGUGGAGGUCGUCGAUGAAACUGACGACGCCGCCAUUGCCCGUCUCGCUCACACUGGCCUUGAAACCGAAUGUAUAGUACGAGAAUUGACACCUGGUCGGCCAUAUCGUUUGUGGGUCACCGCAUAUAACCGAGUAGGAGCAGGGCAACCAUCUUCGCCUUUGUCGUUCGUCACAGCGCCUGCACCACCUGAUGCCCCUGAACCGCCUGUCGUAAGCAUAGAGAACCCACGUGUCGCCAGCAUCGAGUGGAAUCCCCCGCGAGACAACGGUGCACCUAUUUCAGAUUAUCGCGUCGAGAUGAGCGCCACAAACGUCGAUGACGCAUUCACAGAAGUAUAUCGUGGACCCAAGACAAAUUGCGUUGUUGAACGCUUGACGCCUUUCACACCAUAUUUCUUCAGAGUGUGCGCGUUAAAUGCGGCCGGGCGCGGCGCGUGGUCCAUGGUGAGGGACGCGCUGACACCGCGUGCCGCUCCUGCCGCGCCCACUGGCCUGCGGCACGAGCCCAUCGCCGACGGACUGCGGCUACAGUGGCGCGCGCCCGCCGACCACGGCGCUGAAGUGCUACGCUAUCGCGUCGAGGUCGACGACACCGCAUUUGAGACCGAUGGAUCGACUACUGAAAAAAUAGUAGAGGGACUGGCGCCAGACACCGAGUACCGCGUACGCGUAGCCGCAUUCAACGAGCUCGGGCUCGGUGAGUGGUCCGAGGAGGGUCGCGCCCGUACGCGGCCGCCGCCGCCCGCGCCGCCCGUACUGCGCUGCGCUCAGGCCGCGCACAACCACCUGCGCCUCGAGUGGGACGCCAGCGGCGGCGACGGCGCCCAGUACUGUGUGGAGAUGCGCGGGCCCGACGGACGCGAGUUCCGGCCCGUGUACCGUGGCUGCGCCCGAUCCUGCAAGGUGAAGAAGUUGCGCGAAGCGUGCUCGUACGCUUUCCGGAUACGUGCGAGUGACGAGCGCGGCGGACGCGGGCCGUGGUCGGAGGCGACGUGGUGCGAGACGGCCGCCGCGCCGCCGCCCGCGCCGCGCACGCCCGCGCUGCACCUGCCCGCGCCCCGCGCCGCGCUCGUGGCGUGGGAGCCGCUCGACGACGCACACUAUGUGCUGCAGUGCGCGCGCACAAAGGAUGCUGUCUUCAAACAGGUGUACUCGGGCAGCGAGGCGCAGUUCCAGCUGGAGGAGCUGGAGCAGGGCGCGGAGUACCUGGUGCGCGUGUGCGCGGUGCGGGGCGGGCUGGCGAGCGCGUGGUCGCCGGCGGCGCGGCUGAGCGUGCCGCCGCCCGCGCCGGCGCCGCGCGUGCGCCGCGUGCGCGCCACGCGUGCGCUGCAGCCGCGCCACGCCGCGCUGCUGAUGGCGGCGGGGUUCGUGGUGCUGGCCGUGCUGGUGGCGGUGCUGCUGCAGCGGCUGGUGGAGCCGCGGCCGUGACGCGCACUGUCGGCGCCGCGGCCGAGUGCGCUGGCGCGGCUGUAGCGGCAGUAGUGACCGCCGGCCGCAGACCGCCGCCGCCUGCCGCCUGCCGCCUGCCGCCUGCCGCUCGCCGCCCGCCGCCCGACGGAUAUGUAUAUUGUUUAGAGAAUUGUGCCGUGGGGCGGAUGCGGCGCUGGGACACUCGCGGCGCCACCAGACGAUGAAUAUUGGUGUUUAAAUUAGAAUAAAAUAAUACAGCUUCACGUGUGAAGGGAUCGUUCCGUGCGAGUGUGAAGUUGCCAUUUUUCUAAAAUUCAUGUUUUUUACGAGUCGAACGGAGGAGCCUUUCAUUCUGUCGUUUCCGUGUGUCGCAUUCUAAACUUUCACAAACUUUCACAAUCUAGUCUAUGCUUGUAACUUGUUAUUUCUUUGAUGUGUUUGCGGAACGUACAUUAUAUUUUAUUUAUUUAAUAUUGUAUGAAGUAAUAUUUGUUUUGUAGCUAAACGGCCGAACUUCCGGUGUCUCGACUCUUCUCAAAUCUGUAUAUUUACCGUACGUUUUGUAUUUCUUCUUGUUAGUAAUGCGUCUGUUUCUGUCGGAUUUAUGUGUAAAAAGUUAGCGAACGAGGUGCUCUAUUUUUAAAAUUUUGUUACGAGGGUCGUGGCCCCUCGCUCUGCAACGAGUUUCCAGUGUGUGUGCUGUGAUCACUUCCUUAUGCGAAUGAGACUGAUUUUACAAGUAAAAGCUUUGUUUAUAGAAUUGAAUCAAAUGCUUACAUAUUGUACGUUUUGGUGAGGAGGCGCGUGGGGUCCGCUGGCCAGCCCGCGACUCGGCGGCGCCUCGGCGCUGAACCAAUCCAUAUUAUAUUAUACUCCCAAUGCUUAUUUGGUGAUGUCGACGUACCUAAUUAUAUUGUAUCGUCGACUCUUAUGUUGUUUUUAUUCAUAGAACGUGACGUUUUAUUGAUGACAUUUUGUAUCGUAGUGUAAUUUGUUUAUGAAUUUAGAGAUUACGAAUUUCUGAGAUUGUUACCACCCGGUAUAAAUGAAAUGGAACUGUGAAAAUCAUAGGUAAUUAUGUUCUGUACGUAAGUAAUAUAUGAAAAAGAUUAAAUCCCAUAUCGGUGUUCGUUACUUUAUAAUUAUAACACUAUUAGUAAAAUUGUUAAUCGAUUUUUCAUCUAUAAAUAUUAAUUUUGAACGGUUUUCAUAGUGAAUAAGUAAAAGUGAAUUUUAGUAUCAUUUAUUCAGAAUGUUAAGAAUUAAUAUAACGCAUAGUAUGGGAUUUACAUUUUAAACUUGAUGUUUCUUCUUAGUAUCAUUAUUACGAUUGAAUGUUGUUUCGUGGAAGUAAUAUCAUAUACAUAAUAAAUAACGCUGAGUAUUAUCAUUGUUAGUAGGCCUUAUUGCAUAAAACUUAUUCUUCCAGCCGUGUCAGUGUCGCCUGUCGGUCUGUAGUCGUGUUGAUGUUUAUUUGUAAUGAUCGGUGUCGGCCGAGCGUUCAUCGACGAUCGACCUUAUUAUCGCUACGCACCAAUAUAAAUAGGCAUAAAAUAUUUCGUAAAUAUAUGAUAUUUACUUCUCCUGUGAUUAUCUUAUUCUGUUCUAUAUAUAAAUCUUUAUUAUUGUUGCCUGAAACAUUCCCAAGGUACGUGUUUCAUUUUCGUUAUGUAUGAACUUUUUAAAUUUGUUACAAUAUUAUUGUGCUAGAUGAGACAUGACUCACUUGGUGCCUAUUUCCGUAUGGCAUAAUCGAAACUGUAAGCGCAGCUUACUCAUGUUAUAAAUGUACUAUUUAAUUUUCGAAAAUUUUAUAAUAACGAUGUGCAAUUAACAAUUUAUUUAUUCUUUAUCGCUUAAUAUAAUAUUUAUUUUUUAGAAAUUAUAUCAAGAUUAUAGUGUGGUAUAUAUAAAGGAAUCGAUGUUCCUAGGUGAGUUUUUUACAUGUUGUACAAUACACCAAUUGCAAAACUGAAUUGUGUAACUGCAGUCAAGCAUUCCAACUUUAUUCCACUUGUAAAUAGGCCUAAUGAAAUUCUACGACUUUUAUGAGUGUACAUCUUGCUUUAGUGAUGAAAUGUAAAUAAUCUGAUGUUCACUACAAUAUGAGCUGCGCCGCCGCAGUGUUCGCGGCGUGGAGCCGGCGCGAGCGACCCGCGGCGGCCCGCAACACUACACUAUGUUGAAACUAAACGUUUUUAAAUUAAUCAAAUAUAAUGUUUAAACGGGGAUAACAUCUCAUAUUGUAUUUGUGUUUGAAAUAAGUAACGUAUAACGAAAUGUAUAUGUUUAUAAUAUAAUAUUUGAUGAUGUUAUGUAUACAAUAUAUUAAACAUGAAUAUAUCAAUAAAACUAUAUUUUGUGUA